CUUUUCCAACAUUUCCAUUUUUGGUUUGUUUCACUUCCAUUACCCGACAACCGUCAGCACCAUCUCCAGUCGUUUGCUUCUUUUCUUUGUAUUUUUUUCUGGCAUUCUUGUAUUGCACAAGCAUCGGGCAGCGAGUGCCCGAUGCUGUUGUCUUGAUGACGCGUCUGACCCCGACGGCGCUCCUCCGCCAUGCCCUGCGAAUCUUAAUUCCCGUGUCGAUCGGACUGACCGUUUAUCUCUACCUCUACCCUGUCUUCAGCACAUGCGCAUUCCCGCUGCCGCCGGGCCAGAACAGUGCUUCCAUCUCGGCCGACACCGGGCGAGCAGCAUUCUUCGAGACUGCCAAACUACACUGGCAAUCCGCCACGGGAGCCGCUGAGAAGGUGAACUCGACUGCCUUCGUCCCGUCGCGACCACUUGCGCCGUUCCGUCUUCUCGCGCUCGGCGACCCCCAACUCGAAGGCGACACGUCCAUUCCGACCGACUACCUCGGUGUUUUCCCGCACGCGAAGAGGCUCUUCCGGCAUGUGACGUUCAAGUCGAACCAUUCGUCGUUGCGACAGCGCAUUCGGCAGAGCUUCCAUGAGCUCGUCGACGUCGUCUUCGAGGACACCUUCGAUGCGCUCGAAUCGCUUCGCAAACGUAUCGACCUAGUCGGCAACGAUUUAUAUCUCGCGCAUAUCUACCGCACGGUACACUGGUGGUCACGCCCGACCCACGUAACCGUGCUCGGCGAUCUGUUGGGCAGCCAGUGGGUCGACGACAACGAGUUCUAUCGCCGCGCCAGCCGUUACUGGGACCGCGUCUUCCGUGGAGCGGAGCGUGUGCCGGAUGAGCUGGCGGCUUACCCGGCCGAAGAAUAUGAUCUGGCCGGCCAUCUCGGAGGUGGACCCUUCAACGAAUCGACCGCCUGGACUCGGCGCAUCAUCAACGUCGCUGGAAACCACGAUAUCGGUUAUGCGGGAGACAUCAACGACGAGAGGACUGAGAGGUUCGAGGCUGCGUUUGGCAAGGUCAACUACGAGCUCCGCUUCGAGCUGCCCCUAGCCAACACAUCCGCCGCCGAGACCACCUUCGAGGCUGACGGUAGCUCUAGCCGCCUGGUACCCGAACUGCGCAUCAUCGUGCUGAACGACAUGAACCUCGACACCCCCGCCAUCUCCACCAAGCUGCAGGACGACACGUACUCGUUCAUCAACAAGGUCAUCAACACCGCCGCCGCCGUCGAAUUCGAGGGCCACUUCACCGUCAUCCUGACCCACAUCCCGCUGUACAAACCCGAGGGCGUCUGCGUCGACGACCCCUUCUUCGACUUCCACGACCACGACGGCAGUCUCAGGGAGCAGAACCAGCUGAGCGGCGCCGCCAGCAAGGGGUUCCUCGAGGGCAUCCUGGGCAUGUCGGGCAACGCCAAGGCGGCAGGUCGCGGCCGUGGCCGGCCGGGCAUCAUCCUCAACGGGCAUGACCACGAGGGCUGCGAUACGUGGCACUACAUCAACCAGUCCAUCCCGGAGUCGGAUCAGCGCGCGUGGGAGGUGAAGCGAUGGCGGCAGGCGAACGGGGCCGGCAUUGUCGGCCAGGAUGAGCUUCCCGGCGUUCGGGAGGUCACGGUCCGCAGCAUGAUGGGUGGCUUCGGCGGCAACGCCGGCCUGCUGAGCAUCUGGUUUGACGAGGCCAGCUGGGAGUGGAAGACCGAGUACGCCACCUGCCCGCUCGGGACCCAGCACUUGUGGUGGCUUGUGCAUAUCUUGGAUUUGAUCGUCGUCAUCGGCAUCUUGUUGCUUGUUGUUGUGACGGUGCUGUCGGCUCUUGGAUUUAACGUGGACAGUGCUGUGGAAAGGUCAGUGAUCAGGUUGUGCACACCGCAGAGGAAGCUUGCCGGCCCCGACACGCCGGUUAAGGGGGUCGAUGUGGUCAACGGCGGCGGCCCGGGAUAGUGGGCGGAGUCGUUGCUGUAUUAAUCAGUAUGUAAUACCCCAUGUAUAGAAAUCACACAUAGUUCCAUGACUACA